GGAGGAGGAGGAGGAGGAGGAGGAGGAGGAGGACCCAACUAUGUUCUCCUCCAAAUUCCUUAGUGGGGCCAACCCACUCAAUGCUGUGUCCUCUGCUGUGAAUAAGUUUGGUUUAUUUGGAGAUGAUGGGGAUAAGAAUAAGAAAGCACCUUCACAGCAGGGGGCUAAGUCUGGACAGCAGCCCGGAGCAGGGCCAAGCCUAGGCCCUCAACAGCAGCAGGGAAUACAAAAACGAGGCCCUACGGAAAAGGGACAGCCACUCCCUAAAGAAGGGUCCCCUCAGCUACAUGGGAAUGGACAGGCUGGACCUCCAAUCAAGCCUGGUGGGCAACACGUCGCUCCAAAGGCAGGAACACAGCCUGAAGGCCCGCUGAAAGAAGAGCCUCAACAAAGUCAAACUAAGGGCCCACCACAGCAAGGUUUGCCUAAACCUGGAGCUCAACAACAGCUUGGGAGGAGUGGCGCUCAAUCAGGUUCUCCAAAAGCACCACAAAAGGUUCCACCUAAGGCUGAGAUGCAACAACCGGGGCCUGCUAAGAAUGGCGUGCAACAACAUGGGUCUGCUAAGACUGGGGUGCAAAAACAGGGGCCUGCUAAGACUGGGGUGCAACAACAGGGGCCUGCUAAGACUGGCGUGCAACAACAGGGGCCUGCUAAGACUGGGGUGCAACAACAGGGGCCUGCUAAGACUGGGGUGCAACAACAGGGGCCUGCUAAGACUGGGGUGCAACAACAGGGGCCUGCUAAGACUGGGGUGCAAGUGUCGACAAAAGUUGGCUCACAAAAUAGGGGCUCACAGCAGGCUCUACAUGAAGUAAGACAGCAACAGCAGGGGUCAACCACAAUUGGACAACAAAGCUUUAGAGAUACACCCCAACAGCAGUCCUCAAAACGGCCUGAGUCACAAAAACAAGACCCAAGGGGACCCACUGCACCUGGCAUGGACCGAGCAGGAUCUUCAGCACCAGGACCAACCAAAGCUGGAUCUCAGUCAAGAGCAGUAGUUAAGUCCCUUUGCCCAGUGUGUAAAACAACAGAACUCAACGUACACAGCAAGAACUUGCCUAACCAUAAAACCUGUUCACACUGUAAAACUGAAGUGUGCAACCUGUGUGGCUUCAGCCCUCCAGACUCUGAUGGACGUGAGUGGCUUUGUCUUCCCUGCCAGAUACAGAGAGCUCAGGGGGCUUCUGAACAACAGUCUGCAAAAGACAACAAACCAGCUACUGUACAAAAGUCAGCAAAAGAGGCACCACAGCAGGCAACGGCUAAUCCAGCAAGACUGAUAAAAGGGGACAAAGCUGCAUUCCAGACUCUGAAGGCAGAAGCAGCCGCCCACAGCUCUCCUAAAGAAGGUCCAUCCACUUGUCCCCUCUGUAAGAUGGUGCUCAAUAUGGGCUCGAAGGAUCCGCCCAACUACAACACCUGCACAGAAUGCAAAAGCACUGUCUGCAACCAAUGUGGAUUCAACCCGAUGCCAAAUGUCAAGGAGGAAAAAGAGUGGCUCUGUCUAAACUGCCAGGUGAAACGAGCUGCCAGCGGAAUUGAACCUCAGAAAGAUGCAUUAUUGGUCAAUUCCUCAUUUAAAAAAACUACUCAAGCACAGCCUGCACUAAAAAAGACAUCUGCACCGGGCUCUCCUUGGAGGGAAAUAUCUACACCUACUGCUCAAUCAGUCAAGACUGACACUGCGAAAGUACCAGACAGUUAUAAACAGGCUACCCAAUCUCCCGGUCAGAAAACACCUCAGGAGAGCCGGAUAACAGCUCCUCAGACACAACCAGACCAGACAGGCCAAACUUCACAGAAACAGAGGACUAUCACAGCAGUCACACAGCAAGAGUCUGGAACGUUUUUUGGCUUUGGUGGCCCUAAAACUCAGGUCGAUGCUGCAAAGCCUGCCGUGACCGGGAAAAUGUUUGGUUUUGGUUCCUCCAUCUUCAGUUCCGCGUCUACUCUGAUAACCUCAGCUGUUCAGGAUGAGUCAAAAACUCCACCACCACUUUCUCCAAAAAUGAAUGCUGCAAAGGACUCUAAAUACCACACUGCCAAGGAGGGGAAACCAGAACAACCCCAGCAAGCCAAGCAUUCUCCAUCAGUACAGCCUAAAGUGGACAAACUUCAAUCAGAGCAGCCAAAGAAAGCAUCGUCUUCCCCAGUUGAUUCAAAGGGAGUCCAAUCUACCUGUCCUCUAUGUAAAGCCGGACUCAAUGUGGGCUCUACAGAUCCUCCCAACUACAACACCUGUACAGAGUGCAAAAGCAUUGCCUGUAACCAAUGUGGUUUUAAUCCCAUGACAAAUGUUAAAGAGGCCAAGGAGUGGUUAUGUCUCAACUGCCAGAUGCAGAGAGCACUGGGAGCAUCUGAGCCUCCAGGAACUCCCAUGAUAAAGCGACUGGCCUCACCAAAUAAACUCCCUGAACAUCUCAAUGCCACGAACAAAGACAUUCAAACAACUACAGAGUCAAAGAAGACCUCUGCACCAGGCUCCCCUCAGAGGAAACCACCACCAGCAGGGCCGCCAGCAAAGUCUGAAGUCAUAAAGGGACCAGAAAGUCAGAAACAGGUCAGCCCAGCUGCUGGUCAGAGAAUUCCAAUGCAGGACUGUGCGACAGCUCCUCAGAAACCACAGGACCUGCCAAGUCAAACCGGACAUAAACAGACUAACACUGCCUCAACUACACAGGAGGUAUCCGAAGGGAUCUUUGGAUUUGGCGGUCAGAAACCUGAACCUGACAGCGCAAGGCCAGCGGAAUCAUUAGGUGGAAAAGUGUUUGGCUUUGGUUCCUCCAUCUUUAGUUCUGCCUCCACUUUGAUAACCAAGAUGCAAGAUGAUUCCAAAACAACCCCACCAGUGUCAGCCAAGAUUCCUGAUGCAAAGGCAACCAAAUAUCAGCUCGCUGAGAAACAAGAGGAAGGGAAACUAAAGCCCAUGACUUCUCCAUCUCCUCAAGCCAAAGUAGAAAAAGCUUCAUCAAAGCCUACAAAGGAUGCAGCUGUUUCCCCAGUUGUUCCCAAGACAGGCCAACCUACCUGUCCACUCUGUAAGGUUGAACUCAACUUUGGCUCUAAGGAACCUACCAACUACAACAAGUGCACUGAAUGCAAGAAGAAUGUCUGUAACCAGUGCGGAUUUAAUCCAAGGCCAAAUGAAUCGGAGAUAAAAGAAUGGUUAUGCCUGAACUGUCAGAUGCAGAGAGCUCUUAGCUCAUCUGAACUCGCAGGUCCUCCUUUGAAACUUAACAAUUCAGCUGAUAAAAUGUCUCCAUCGACUAUGCAUCAGAAGAUAACAGCUCCCACUCAAGUGGGACCUCCAAAGAAGGAGUUAUCAAAAUCUAAUGCACCUUCAAAGAUGGAGACUCCACUGGCUGAUGUACAAAAGAAGGGGAGUCUGACACCAGGUUCUCCUCAGAAGAAGCAGGCAACCAAGACUGCCGAAGGACCAGAAAGAGAAACGCAGGCUAGCCCCGCUCCAGGCCAGAAAACUCCUGUAGAUAUUGGGAGGCCACCAGAACCUGAGGCCUCAAAACCCACAGAGUCAGUGAGUGGGAAGAUGUUUGAAUUUGGUUCUUCCAUUUUAAGCUCAGCAUCAACUUUGAUUUCAUCCACUGUUCUGGACGAAUCACGUACGACGCCGCCAAGCUCUCGUAAGAUGUCUGCACCAGUCUCACCCAACAGGUCUGCUGCACCCAAUGUUUCUCAAAAAACUACACAGCCAGUUUCCCCCAAAAUGUCCCACGCAGGAGAGUCGGAAAUACUAGAGAAGAAAACUCCACUACAGCUACUAAAGGCAGCAUCAAUCUCAAGAACGAAUCUUAAUGAAAGCCAGGCCACCUGUCCACUCUGUAAGGUUGAGAUGAACAUCAGCUCCAAGGACCUUCCAAACUACAACACCUGCACUGAGUGCAAGACCACUGUUUGUACCCAAUGUGGAUUCAACCCAAUGCCCAUAGGCAAGGCACACGAGUGGCUAUGUCUCAACUGUCAGAUGAAAAGAGCAAUUGGAGCAUCUGAACCCCGAGGACCUCUCACUUUGAAGUCUCAGACAUCUACUUCACCAGCUGCAGUCCAGUUGAAUGAUUCUCCCAAACCAACCACACCUCAAAAGAAGGAAAGUACAGGCCCCGCUGUACUGAAGAAGGAGUCUUCAGAACCUGCCUCUCCCCAGAGAAAACCGUCACCAUCUGUGCAGUCAGAGAAACCUGAAGCUGCUUCUGUACCAUUGAAACAGACCAGCCCGGCGCGCAAUCACAAAACACCACAGGAAAUACAGAAGGCCGUUCUGAAAAAGCCACCAGAUCAGGAAAAGCCUGCAGAGUCAGUAAUAAAUAGGCAGACUAAACUUCAGCAGAGUGAUGCCUCAGCAGCGACACAGCAGCAAGCAGGAAGUUUCUUUGGUUUUGCUAGUGGGAAAACUCAUCCCGAACCUGGCAAGCAGGCAGAGUCAGCAACUGGGAAAAUGUUUGGCUUUGGCUCUUCAAUCUUCAGCUCUGCAUCUACAUUGAUGACCUCAGCUGUUACUACUCCUCCAGUGUCUCCCGAGAUGUCUCCUGCUAAGAAGAUCCGGUCCCACAGUGCCUACAAGCCUGAGCAGCAGAAUACAGCAGGGUCAUCCGAGAAGACCAAGACACCCCCAACAGGACAGGCCAAACUGAGCAAAGCCCCAUCAGAGCCUCCAAAGGCCACAGUGGAGUCACAAGUAGCUGUCAAACCAGGCCAAUCUACCUGUCCACUCUGUAAGGUGGAUCUGAACAUACUUUCCAACGAAUCACCCAACUACAAUACCUGCACUGAAUGCAAGAACCUUGUCUGUAACCAGUGUGGAUUUAAUCCUAUGCCAAAUGAAACAGCGGUAAAGGAGUGGCUGUGUCUGACCUGCCAGAUGCAGCGUGCUCUAGGCUCCACACAGCUCCAAGGAGUUACUUCUGCCAACACCCAGAUACCUCCAAAACCCCAGAGGAGAGAAUUCAUCAGCCCGGCUGAACCUGAAAAGAACAAAUCACCUCAGAGGACACUGUCUGUUGCAACACAGCCGUCUACAGUGGAAGCUGACCACAAGCCAGAAGGUCAGAAACAGCCAAGCCCAGUUCCUUCUCAGAAGUUGCCGCAGGAGCCUCAGAAAAUAUCAAGUCCUAAUAAAUCAUCAGACCAGACAAGGCAAACUGAACGUGAGCAGAGUAACGCCACAGCAGCGUCACAGCAAGAUACAAAAGGCUUCUUCGGUUUUGGUGGUGGAAAAACUCAACCUGCUGCAAUGCCAACAAGGUCUGCAACUGGGAAAAUGUUAGGCUUUGGUUCUUCCAUUUUCAGUUCUGCUGUUCAGGACCAGCCUAAGAUCACUCCACCAGUUUCUCCCAAGAUGUCCCCAGCAAAAGGGAUUAAAUCCCCUUAUCUCCAGAGGAAAGAACAACAGACAAAGCAUGAACAAUCCCCUCAGACCAAGACACCACCAACAACACAGACUAAAGUGGACAAAGCCUCAUUCCAGCUUCCAAAGGAUGGUGCAACCUCUAAUGCCAUUAACAAAACAAGCCAUUCUACCUGUCCACUCUGUAAGCUUGAACUCAACAUGGGGUCCAAGGAUCCACCCAACUACAAUACCUGCACUGAAUGCAAGAAUACUGUCUGUAACCAGUGUGGAUUUAACCCCAUGCCAAAUGUUUCAGAAAUGAAGAAUUUGUUGUGUCUGACUUGUCAGAUGCAAAGAGCUCUGCUGGAAGCUGAAUCUGUAGAGCCUCCAUUGAUGAAACCUCAGGCAUCACCAAACAAAGUGUCAACACCUCUUGCUGCCCAGAAAGAGGCCACUACCAAUAAAAAUGAUAUUUCAAAGGACCAUCCAAUAACAACUGAACUACAGAAUAAAGAAGAAAAUAAACCUUCAGUUCAAAUGGAUGUCACCAAAAUGCCAACCACUGCCGCGUUACCUGCAAAAGAGACCCCAGAUACUGUUUCAUCUCUCACAGAGAAAAAGACUACAGCACCUACCAAGGAGGUUCCAACCUCUUUUACACCCAUCGAAGAGCUGACAGCUGUAGUAUCAGACCUCAAUAAAUCAUUGCCUGCUCAACUCCCUCCUCUAAGUGCAGAUACUGUAACUUGUUCCCCAAAGAAAAAGGAUAUCAUUUCACAGAGUUCGCCCUCGCGUAUCAAACUAUCAGAGAAGAAAGCUGAAAUAGUCCAGAAAUCAGCUGAUCAACCGGUCACAUUCUCUGAUGAUGUACAGCCCCCAAAAGCCCCAAAUGGAGAAUCGACCCCUGUUGAAAUGUCCUUUGCCAAAUCUGCUCUGCCAGCAGCCCAGGCAACAAAUCAAAAAACAGGUUUAUUCAGCAUUGGCGGUCCUCAAUCACAGCAUGCUGAAUCAAAAACAACUGAAGCGAUGACUGGAAAGAUGAUGGAAUUUGACUCAUCUCUCUUCAGCUCAGCAUCUACCUUGAUAACAUCUGCAAAUAAGGAGGAGUCUCGCACAACACCACCAAGUUCCCGCAAAAUGUCUGCCCCAGCUAAGGUCGCUGGCAAGAUGGCAACAUCACAGAUUUCUCCAAAGUCUAGUUCCCCGAGGCUGACCUCAGAAAAAGAAGCCAAACUGCCCCCUGCUCAGAAACCACAUCCGGAUAUCAUUUCAGACCAAAGUCAGGAGGCCAAGGUUCCUCUAUCAAUACAAUCCCGAGUUAACAAAGAUCCAUUAGAGCCAUCAAAACCAGAAGUCCCCCAAGGGGCUCCCAAAGUGGAGCAGUCUAGCUGUCCACUUUGUAAAGCAAAACUUAAUGUGGGCUCCAAAGAGCUUCCCAACUACAACACCUGCUCUGAAUGCAAGACCGUUGUCUGCAACAAAUGCGGAUUUAGCCCUAUGCCACAUUUAGAAAAGGGGAAGGAAUGGCUUUGUCUCAACUGCCAGAUGCAGAGAGCACUUGGAGCUUCUGAACCUCUUGGCCUUCCCAUGAUAAAACCUAAAUCGUCGCAAAGCAAAGAGGCUGCCGCCAUACAGAAGAAAGAGACCCCAAUAUCAACUUCUCAGGAAGACAUCCAUCAACCAGCCGCACCCAAAAGUGUGCUUGUUAAAGUGGAAACAACCAGGGAUACUGAAUCCCCAGUGCUUUGUCCACCACUGAAGGAAGUUAUUCCCCAAAGAAAAAGUACAGAUGUUUCAUUGCCUGACAAAACUGUCCUAUCCACUACCACAGACAACAAUGUAUUACCAGCCUCACAAAAGCCUUCGGAAGACGCAUAUAAAGGACAACCUGGUACAUCCCAGCAACAACCUACCCAAUCUGUAACAUCUACUCCUCCACCAGAUAAAGAAGCAAAAAAUCGAUCCCUACAACAGUCUCCAAAGGCUAUGACCACUAUCGCUAAAUCUGCUGCCCCGCCGGAUCGACAUGUGGAAGAGCAAACUCCAAAACAACCUUCAAAAACUGUGACUUCAAUCGCUAAGUCUGGUCCUCCUUCAGAUUCAGAAGUGGAAAAACGGCAUCCACAACAGCCUCCAGAAACUGUGAUUUCUGCUCCUACAGCCGAUCAAGAGGCAGAAAUGCCUUCCCUAAAAGAGCCUUCAAAGGCCUUGACCACUAUCGCUAAAUCUACUGCCCCGCCAGAUCAACACGUGGAAGAGCAAACUCCCAAACAGUCUGCUCCUCCUCCAGAUUCAGAGAUGGAAAAACUGCAUCCACAACAGCCUCUAGAAACUGUGAUUUUUGAUCCAUCAGAUCAAGAGGGAGAAAAGCCAUCCCUAAAACAGCCUCCAAAAGCUAUGACGACUAUUACUGCUGUCCCACCAGAUCAACAUGCAGGAGAGCCAACUCCAAAACAGCCUUCAAAAACUGUCACUUCAGUCACUAAGUCUGCCUCUCCUAUAGAUCCAGAGGCGGAAAAGCUGCAACUACGACAGCCUUCGGAAACUGUGAUUUCUGCUACUCCACCAUAUCAACAUGCACCACAAAGAGAUUCUGUGCAAGAUAUCCAGAUCCAUUCAGGUACUGAACAAGGGCAAGGACAAAGCAAGGUUGUGGCUGGCCAGCAGAAACCUGUUGAAAAAUCCCAGAUUUCACAAACUCUGAAGCCAGUAGUUAGGCCAGGUCUUGCAAAAGAAGAAGUUGGAAAGACAUCACAACAGCCUUCAAAAUCUGCAAUUGUCUCUGAAAAAUCUGCACCUCCACCAGCUCAUCCUGCUAAACAGGGGUCAGGAGGAUUUUUGGGCUUUGGUGGUCCUAAAACCCAACCUGCUGCUGCAAAGCCUGCUGAGUUUGUGACUGGGAAGAUGUUUGGCUUUGGUUCAUCUUUCCUAAGCUCUGCAUCUACCAUGAUUACGUCAGCUGUUCAGGAUGAACCUAAGACUACACCACCAACUCCACGCAAGAUGUCUACUACAGCCAAUGAAUCACCUAGAACUACACCGGUAGCCUCCCCUAAACUUUUACCUGCAAAGGACAUCAAGCCUACCGCUGUCAAGAAAACUGAAGAGAAGCAACCAGAGAAACGAAUGCAGGACAAAACUCCUUCAAACCUACAAGCCAAAGUUGACAAAGGUCUACCAGAGGCCUCCAAGGUACAAACAGACAUCAAAGGUGCCUCAAAAGCAGUUCCAACCAUCUGUCCGCUUUGUAAGGUCAACCUCAACGUGGGCUCGAAAGAUCCUCCCAACUACAACAAUUGCACAGCAUGCAAGACGGAUUUCUGCAAUCAAUGUGGAUUUAAUACAAUGGUAAUUGUGGCAGAGGUGAAAGAAUGGAUUUGUCGGAACUGUCAGAUGCAGAGAGCCCUAGGCGCAUCUGAGCCCACUGGAAGUCCUGCAGUGAAACCACAGACCUCCCCAUGCAAGGUUCCUGGUUCUGAACUGAAGGAAAUGCCAACAUUUGUCCAGCAGGACAAGUCUAUAGGAUCUACAGCAGUCACAAAAGAGGUCACUCAUGCAACUACGCAGAAAAAAGUAACCCCAAAAGUUGAGGCUCCAGUGCUGAUUGCAGUCAAACAAGCUGAGACACCACACAGAGAUUCUGUACAAGAGACGCAGAUUCUUUCCAGGACUGAACUAAGACAAAGGCAGGGCGAGGUUGUGCGUGACCAGCAGAAACCUAUCGGAAAAUCCCCUCAAGUCCAGCUUUCACAAACUCCAAAGCCAGAAGUUAGGCCAGGUCUUGCAAAGGAAGAAAUUGUAAAAACACCACAACAGCCUUCAAAAUCUGCUACCUUUUCUGAAAAAUCUGCACCUCCACCAGUUCAACCUGCUAAACAGGAAUUAGGAAGCUUAUUUAGCUUCGGUGGUCCUAAAGCACAACCUGCUGCUGCAAAGCCUGCUGAGUCCGUGACUGGGAAGAUGUUUGCCUUUGGCUCGUCUAUUUUCAGCUCUACAUCUUCAUUGAUAACCACAGUUGUUCCCGUGGAAUCUAAAACUACACCACCAACUCCACGUAAGAUGUCCACUACAUCCAUUGUCUCUCCUAAAGCUAAACCACCAACUCCACGUAAGAUGUCCACUACAUCCAGUGUCUUUCCUAAAGCUACACCACUAACUCCACUUAGGAUGUCCACGACAUCCAGUGUCUCUCCUAAAGCUACACCACCAACUCCACCUAGGAUGUCCACUACACCCAGUGUCUCUCCUAAAGCUACACCACUAACUCCACUUAGGAUGUCCACGACAUCCAGUGUCUCUCCUAAAGCUACACCACCAACUCCACCUAGGAUGUCCACUACACCCAGUGUCUCUCCUAAAGCUACAACUCCAGUUUCCAAUAUUUCAGCUGCGAAUGACUCUGAGCCACCUAAACAGACCAAGCCUGCACCAUCAGCAGAGGCCAAAGUAGAGAAAGCUCCAGCAAUGCCUCAAAAAUCUAUCCAAGCGACCCAAGUUGCUCCUACGGCACUUCAGUCAACCUGUCCAUUAUGUAAGGUCGACCUCAACAAUGGCACCACAGAUGCCCCCAAUUACUCAACAUGCACCGAAUGCAAGAACACGGUCUGCAACCUUUGUGGAUUCAACCCUAUGCCACAUACAGGGGCGAAGGAAUGGCUGUGCCUGAACUGCCAGACUCGGAGGGCUUUGUCUGGAGAGCUGGGAGAUUCAGGAAGAAUACCACAGGUUACACCUGUAUUUGCCAAGCCAAGCGCCCUGUCCACACCUGCAACUGCAGAGGCAGAACCCAAAACUUCCCCUGCAAAGGCAGAGCUGACAUCUGUGGUGACAAAAUCACAGCCCACCCCUGACUCCAUCAAGUCGAUGCCAACAGCUCCAACCCUAAAGCCAAAGAUGGAACCUAUGUCUGUCGAAAAGGAAACCACGGCUACAGCAGCUUCCGAACAUGUGAAGAUCCAGCCCACACACAUAGCCAUAAAGGAAACGGUUUCACCUGUUUUAGAAGAAAAACAGCCAUUGGCAGCAUUCACAGCAGAAGUCAUGCCACCCGCUGAGGACGCAGCAACACCAAAGGCUGAAGUACCAAACACAGAUCAUAACAGGACUGUAACAGUGGAAGACAGAGAAGAGUCAGUGAAAGUGAAAUUCAUAGAACCACAAUAUCCCAAUGCUGAAGAGUCUAAAGUUGACUUUUCAAAAGACAAGUUGGAAGCAGAUGUUGCUUCAGCUUCCCCCCUACCUGCAACUGAAGCUACAGCUGUACCUACUUUCCAUUUUGCUGCAGAGGUUGUCCCAGGAAAUAAAAUAAAGCCAGAAUCGUCUGCUCCACAUAAGAUUAAGGAGUUACUCACUGAUGAUCAUAUUGAACUGACAGAGCCAACAACAUCUUUACCACAAGCUGAGGUGCAACCAAAGUUACACGAACCACAGCUGGUAUUGGAAAAACAAACAGCCGGCAAGGAAAUGGCUGAAGAAUUAAUUGAAAAGAUCAACGACAUCACCUUAUUUCCAGAGACACAAGUAUCGGCAAAUAACAUCAUAAUACAAGGUCAAGAUGAAAUAAACAAAGAACCAGUGAAAGAAGUAAAGGUCACCACACCUACUGAAAACAAAGUUGUGACUACAACAGCAACAAAGCCUGAAUCCAAAACAGAGGAGCCUGAUGAAGAUCAACCACAAAUUUUACCCAGGGCACAAGAUUUUAAAGAUGGGAAGGUUGUUGCAAGUCAAAAGGAUAUUCCAGUAUCUACAAAUACAUCCAUUCCAGUAAAGGAGGGAGCUGAGAGAAGACGCUUAAGUUUCCAAGCAAUGGCUGAGAGCAGUGAAAGUGAGUUUACACCUUCACCUAAAGUCCAGAAGAGAAAACUGAAGGUCAGGAAUGUUUCAUCCAGCAGUGAAGACAUUAAAUCUGAAAGCGCUGACUCCUCUAUGGAGGAUGAAGAAUUCAUCCGCAAGCAGAUAAUGGGCAUGGGUGAUGAAGAUGAAGAUAUUAUCCUUCAGAAGAUGAGAGAGAAAAGGAUUUAGUUGAUGACGAACCUAUCAACAUUUUUGAACUUGAUAAAAGUUCAGUGACGGCCAAACCACUUUCUAGAAAGAGUAGUACCGAGAAUGAAGAAAGCCCAGUUAGGAGAACAACCCUUCCAAAAGUAUUCGCUGAAAUACCUCAAGAUAUUUCUGAAACCAUUCCCUGCUCUAGAUUCAAGAAAGCUCUUCCAGUCAUCAGACACAGACAAAGCACUGAUGAAGAGGUGGAGAGCAUCACAGAAUCCCUGUCAAAGGGAUCGUCCAGUGUUCAGGUAUCUAGUUUUACCCCGGGAUCUUCACCCACUUCUGCCUCAUCUCUGGAGGAGGACAGUGACAGCAGCCCCAGACACAGGAAAAUCCGUGGGGAAAAGCAGCUUCGCAAAGGAAGACACAGGCAGCCAACUCAGCCUCUCCCAACCAUUGAAAACUCCUCUGAGGAAGAGAAAAUGAGGGGGGGUGAGAAGCCUAGAAAAGAAAAAGAAGAACUUAAAUCCCAUGGGACUUCCCUGUUUCCCACCAAAGAUACUUCCUCAACAGAGAAUCUGAAGCAGAUCACAACAAUGGACGAAACCAGUAGAUCUGGUUCUGAGUACUCUGCUAGUAUAGAAUCCGAGCCAGAGGUUUGGCGAGCAGUACAGAGAGGGGAUAAGCCAUCACCAACAGUGAUUCCAUACAAUCUCUCUGAUCCAUUUAACGAGAAGCAUAUUGUGACAUCACCACUGAAGAGUGCUGAAGAAACAUAUGAGGAAAUCAGUCAAAAGACAAAAGCUAUUCCUGGGGAGAGUCCUCCUGAUAUUGAGCCACUUUAUGGAGGGAUGUCCAUAGAGGACUAUCUUUAUGGAUCCUUAGUGGAGGAGCCUGAAAUGAAGAUGGGGGAAUCUCCAGAGGAUACAAGCUCUGAGUGUCUCAAACAUCUUAGGUCUCCAGAGGAGGUCUAUGAGAAGAUGAUGCAGAAAAAGAGAGAACUGAUGAUGAUAGAGCAAGAGUUCCAACAGGCUACAAUUGCCAUUGCAUCAUCCUCAUCGGGGGCUUCCGUCACUGGGCCUCCUUUGAUUGCAGAGACCUGUGUGGUGACCAUAGCCACAGAAGAGACAUCACCUACUGCACAAUUUGACAUGCUUCUUCCAGGCACUGAAACCUCUAGUGAAGUGCCAGUGAAGAGAAAGAAAAGACCUGCUCCACCGCGACCCACUGAACCCCCUAAGCGUUCAGAAGUGAAUGUUGUACUUAUUACACCUAGUGGAUCCAUUGGUUUUGCCAGGCCUAUGGUUCGUCAAGAUCCUUCACUCGGAAAGGCAUUGUUCCCCAUACCGGACCUCAAGAUUACCCGGUGCUCAUCUGGGGAGGAAGAGGAUGACAGUCUUGCACACGAGUAUGGUGUUGGUAUUUCCUCUGACAUUACGCCCAGUGAUGACUCUGAGACUAAAGAUUAUCCCUCCAUAAGCCCACCUUUGUCUGAAACCACAGAGAUGGAUCCUUUCGGUGUGGUCUGUGAAAUUCCAGAUCCACAACCUAUUCCAACUCCAAUUUCAG